UUGGUGGGCUCAGGAUUGGGUCACUGCUUUUUGCAGAUGAUGUUGUCCUGUUUGCUUCAUCAGGCCGUGAUCUUCAGCUCUCUCUGGAUCGGUUCGCAGCUGAGUGUGAAGCGGCUGGGAUGAGAAUCAGCACCUCCAAAUCCGAGACCAUGGUCCUCAGCCGGAAAAGGGUGGAGUGCCCUCUCAGGGUUGGUGGUGAGAUCCUGCCCCAAGUGGAGGAGUUCAAGUAUCUCGGGGUCUUGUUCACGAGUGAGGGAAGAAUGGAGCGUGAGAUUGACAGGCGGAUCAGUGCGGCAUCCGCAGUAAUGCGGGCUCUGCAUCGGUCUGUCGUGGUGAAAAAGGAGCUGAGCCGCAAGGCGAAGCUCUCAAUUUACCAGUCGAUCUAUGUUCCUACCCUCACCUAUGGUCAUGAGCUAUGGGUAGUGCCCGAAAGAACGAGAUCGCGAAUACAAGCGGCUGAAAUGAGUUUCCUCCGCAGGGUGUCUGGGCUUUCCCUUAAAGAUAGGGUGAGAAGCUCAGUCAUCCGGGAGGGGCUCAGAGUAGAGCCGCUGCUCCUCCGCAUCGAGAGGAGUCAGAUGAGGUGGCUCGGGCAUCUGAUCAGGAUGCCUCCUGGACGCCUCCCUGGUGAGGUGUUCCGGGCACGUCCAACCGGGAGGAGGCCCUGGGGAAGACCCAGGACACACUGGAGGGACUAUGUCUCCCGGCUGGCCUGGGAACGCCUUGGGAUUCUCCCGGAAGAGCUAGAAGAAGUGGCCGGGGAGAGGGAAGUCUGGGCAUCUCUGCUCAAGCUGCUGCCCCCGCGACCCAACCUUGGAUAAGCGGAAGAGGAUGGAUG